AUGGCCGUUGAGGUUGAAUCUCCUGCUCGACUGACACAACGCCCUCCUUAUAAAAACGACCACAUCCGACCGCAGCCGAAAUGCCAGGACAUCUUCUGCUACACGAGUACUAUGGCCUUCGUACCACCUCUUCCUGUCCUGCACCUCAAUUCCCGACAGCCUCGAAGGCAAUCUCAUUUGCUCCGCAGCGCCUUCCCAGGAGUGUCAUGUCAUCCUCGACCAGCGCGCGCGGCCCGCUCUGUGCUAUGGCACCGCCUUGCAUGUCCAUACAUGGUGUCGUCUCGCAUGCACAACACAUCGCCCCCUGCAUCAGCCCCGCCAACUAGCCCGCCGCCGGUGUCUCCGUUGCUGUCACGAAAGCCUCUGGUAGUUGCCGCUGUUGUUCUGCUGGCCGGUCUGUCAGUGCUGGUGUCGAAGUACGUCAACUUGUCCGCCCUAUUCGCCGCGCUCAACGCGCACGUCGAACAAUUGGGCGUUGUCCGUGGAGGCCUGCUUCUAGCCGCCAUCAACUAUUUCACUGUGCUCUUCUGCUUCCCGGCCAACAUGGGUCUUAUGAUUGGCGCGGGCGCUGUUUUGGGCCCGCUGCCCGCUUUCCUUGCGCUCUUCACAUCGAAGCUUGCGGCCGCAGCCACCGCCUUCGCUCUUGCCCGGGGAGUGCUUCAUGAGAGAGCGACUCGGUGGCUGGAGCGGGCGCCGAAAUUAAAGACAGUGCUCGCGGAUACGGGGAAGAAUGGCGGGUGGAAGUUUGUCGUGCUCAUGCGGCUGAGCCCAUUUCCGGGGUUUUUGCUAAACUAUCUGCUCAGUCUGACAGGCGUCGGGUUUGAGCAUUAUUUGCUUGGCACGAUAGUGGGGAUCGCGCCGAGCAUUUCUAAUCUCGUUUUAGUUGGCGCGACGGCGAAGGACGUAGGGAUCGGCGUUGGCGGAGGGAUUGUGAGGGGCGGAUGGCUGGGCAUCUCGCUCAAAGUCCUGUGUUCGGUGUCCAUGGUUGUUGUCAGCAUCAUUGUCACGAAGAAAACACGGAAGGCUUUUGCAGAGCUGGAUGAGAAUGGGGAGCGAAAGGAGCUGCCAGCCAUGGAUGCUGAAGUCGUUGCGAGGACUGGCCCAUAAAUGCUCUAAUUCUGCGACCGGGGAAGCUAUCGGUUUCCCAUGUCGGGGAGGCAGAUAUCCGCCGGCACCCUCAUCGACAUUUUUGAGGCAUUGUCACAUAGAGUAUCGGAAAGAUGACGUGAUAGGCGCGCGAGGUAUGGCUCUCACGCUACCUGCCACGGAACACUUGCUGACGGUGGCACCGCGACACUUAACUUCUGAACGGUAGGGGUGAGUACUAGUUUUGAAAGGGGGCGAGCGGGCAGUCUCUGACUACGUGUCUAUAGGAAAGGUUCUAUGUAAAUGUAAUACACAA